AUGGCAGAUUCAGGCUCUACCAACGGCGCCCCCACCAGUGACACCGCCACCACUAUGGUCACUCCACCAGUUCCGCCGGCGUCUGCUAAGUCGGAUUUUCAUCCGGCCCUUGCUGUCACCAAUAUCAAAAACAACAUUCCUUUCAAACUCGAGAUAGACAAGGAUCAUUAUGCUAUGUGGGCUGAAUUGUUUGAAACUCAUGCUCACGCCACUCAGGUGCUCCACCACAUCAUUCCUCAAGCUGGCAUGGAGCCUCCUGCGCGCACCGAUGCUUCCUAUGCCCGGUGGGCCACUCUUGACUCUACUGUCAAACAGUGGAUUUAUUCCACCAUAUCCUUUGACCUUCUCGCCACUGUUAUGGAGAAAGGUUCUACUGCUAUGGCUACUUGGAACCGUAUAGCUUCUAUGUUUGAGGACAAUCAGAAUUCUCGUGUCGUCGCUCUCGACCAGGAUUUCAUCUCCACUCGCAUGGAGGAUUUUCCUAGUGUUUCGGCCUACUGCCAGCGUCUGAAACAAAUCUCUGAUCAGUUGCGAAAUGUUGGUGCCCCAGUCAGUGACCAUCGUCUUGUUCUCCAGUUGGUAUCUGGUCUCACUGAGCCUUUUCGUGGUGUUGCUACCCUGAUCCGUCAGAGCGAGCCCUUGCCCCCUUUCCUCAAGGUCCGCUCCAUGCUGAUUCUAGAGGAAUCGGGUCUCGCCAAGAUGUCCGGCCAUGCCUCUCAGACUGUUUUGCAUACCUCUGCUUCCCGUCCACAGGCCUCCGUUGACUCUUCUCAGCAGCGCCCCACCUACCGUAGCGAUCAGGGACACUCCAACCAUCGUUAUGGGUCAGGGCACAAUCGCAAUUAUCAGGGUAGUUCUGGUAAACCUAAGAAGAAAGGUGGCUCUCGUCAUCAUGGAUCUUCUGGCUCUUCUGGUUCCUCUGCUGCAUCUCCUCCACCAUGGCGCCCACCUCCGCAGGCAUCCUGGAAUCCCUGGGGUUGGGCUCCUCCCCCUGGUUGGGCCCCUUCCCCUUGGGGCAUGCCUCCCUGUCCUUACCCGACAUCUCAGUGGUCGCGUCCCAUGGGUCCUCCGCAGCAACCCAGCGUUCUAGGUCCGCGUCCUCAGGCCUACACCGCUACCGCUUCUCCAGCACCCACUGAUAUCGCUGCUGCCAUGCAUACCAUGUCUUUGACUCCUCCAGACACCACAUGGUACAUGGACACCGGCGCCUCAUCCCAUACUACGGCAUCUCAAGACGGGGAUGCCUCUCCUGAGAUGUAACAGCCCUGGCGACCUCUACCCAGUCACCCGUUCCUCUCCUUUUGCUGGUCUUGCUUCUGGUGUCUGGCACAAUCGCCUU